AUACGGUGGAAUUGUAUAUAGAAAAUGCAAAAAAGGAAACGUCACGGUUGUGAAUUCGGAUCAGCGCCGAGACAGAAACUCCGCCGGCCAACGCCGCCGCCAUGAUUCAUUUUGUUCUUCUCAUUAGCAGACAAGGGAAAGUAAGGUUGACAAAAUGGUAUUCACCUUAUACGCAGAAGGAAAGAACCAAGGUUAUUCGGGAGCUUAGUGGCAUGAUUCUCACUCGUGGCCCCAAGCUGUGUAAUUUUGUGGAGUGGAGGGGAUACAAAGUUGUUUACAAAAGGUAUGCUAGCCUUUAUUUCUGCAUGUGUAUUGACCAGGAUGAUAAUGAAUUGGAGGUCCUUGAAAUUAUCCACCACUUCGUCGAGAUACUCGACCGCUACUUUGGAAGUGUCUGUGAACUGGAUCUGAUCUUUAACUUCCAUAAGGCCUAUUACAUAUUGGAUGAAAUUCUGAUUGCUGGGGAACUUCAGGAGUCGAGUAAGAAAACCGUUGCACGUCUAGUAGCUGCCCAGGACUCACUUGUGGAGGCGGCCAAGGAAGAAGCAAGUUCUAUAAGUAAUAUCAUUGCUCAGGCGACAAAAUGAGAAUUUAUUUAGUGGUAAAAAAAUGUGGUUAGUACAUUUGGUUGAUCUUUAAUUCAAUGUUUUUUAUCACAAAUUUGAGGUUGACCUCAUUAUUAUUAUUACCCCAGUCAAUUUUUUUUACCUAGUAUGUGAAGUGGUUGCUAAUUAAAAGCUUUGUAUUAUUAAUGCUGCUGUUGUGUAAUGGUUGCUACAUUUAUCUGCCGUUGACUUUCUACGCCAGGUCCAAGUUGACGCUUUUCUAA